UAUGUUUUAAUUUACAAAAAGUUUAUUAUAAUUUUUAAUUUAUCCUAGCGAAGUUUACAAGAGGGACGCCGUUUAUAAUUUCCUAGGAUAGAUGAUGAAUCAUAUUCCUCGUAGGCGACGCAGCCCUCCCUUCAACUCUGAGUCACUGAAAUUACCGGGAAAAUAACGGCUCUCUUAAACCCUAAAUCCCUAAUUCAAAACAAUUUGUCAAUUUCUCUCCCCCUCCCCCAAAAGAACAAAAAAAAAAAAAAAAAAAGAGAAAACUUUAGGAUCUGGUUUUCAAUGCUGAAUAAAUGGAAACCCUUCAGUUUCCUAGCAAAACCUCAUGUUUGUUCCCUUCUUUCUUCCCUAACAUUCUUCAAACCUUCAGUCUCCGUUGCCAGGCUGGUAGAAGAAGAGCCCUUUCUUUCCCACUCUCCUAAAGACCCUGUUUCCGAGAUCCUUUCUGGGUUGAAAAAAAUGGGCUUUAGGAGGUUUUUAGCCGGGGAUUACUUUAGGAACGUUGUUUUGAGUUUGGAUCAGUUACAGGUUGAUAAAAUUAUAAAUUCUCUGAGAGUUGAAAGCCCUGAUUUUGCAGUAGUUUUCUUUGAUUUAAUGAGGAAUGAGUAUAGGUUUCGGCAUUCGAGGUUUUCUCGGUUCAUUGUGGCCCAUGUUUUGGCGGGACAGAGGCGGCACGAAGAGUUGCGGUUUGUUGUCGAACAAAUGUUAAAAGAGGAAGGCUCCGGCUCUGCUCCUUCACUUUGUGAGCUCCUUUUGAAUGGCUUUAGAGACUGGGACCAGAAAAGUUUAGUAUGGGAUAUGUUGGCUUUUGUUUAUUCAAGAUUUGAGAUGGUUCACGAUGCUCUCUAUGUUCUUGCGAAGAUGAAGGAUCUCAAAUUGCGUGCUUCAAUACUGACCUAUAAUAGUCUUUUAUACAAUUUGAGGCAUGCUUAUAUCAUGUGGGAUGUUUAUAAUGAAAUCAAAGUUGCUGGAGCUACUCAGAGCAAGCAAACUAAUUCUAUUGUCAUAGAUGGCCUUUGUAGCCAAUCCAAGCUACAAGAUGCAGUUUCAUUCCUGCGAGAGACUGAAGCAAAGGGGCUCGGUCCUUCUGUUGUUUCAUUAAAUACAAUUAUGUCAAGAUAUUGCAAAUUAGGCUUCACUGAUGUUGCAAAAUCAUUUUUUUGCAUGAUGCUUAAGUAUGGACUACUUCCUGAUGCAUAUAGUUAUAAUAUUCUUAUUCAUGGACUUUGUAUAGCUGGUUCCAUGGAGGAAGCAUUAGAGUUCACAAGUGACAUGGAGAAGCAUGGUGUAGAGCCUGAUAUAGUGACAUAUAACAUUCUCAUGAAAGGGUUCGAUCUACUUGGUCAGAUGGGUGGGGCUUGGAUGGUCAUUCAAAGAAUGCUAGAUAAAGGGUUGAAUCCAGAUGUUGUAACAUAUUUGAUGCUCAUAUGUGGCCACUGUCAGAAUGGGAAUGUCAAGGAGGGAUUAAAGUUGCAGGAAGAGAUGCUUUCACGUGGAUUUCAGUUGAGUACCCUCUCAUACAGUGUAUUGCUCAGCAGUUUGUGUAAGAUCGGACAGGUUCAUGAGGCACUGGUGUUGUUUUAUGAAAUGGAAAAUCAUGGCGUGGAACCAGAUCAUAUAACAUAUUCCAUCCUUAUUCAUGGGCUCUGCAAGCAAGGAGAAGUGCAAAGCGCUCUUCUACUGUACAAAGAAAUGUGGUCAAAGAGCAUUCCCCCAAAUUCAUAUUCAAGUGGGGCCAUUUUAUUGAGUUUAUGUAAGAAUGGGAUGGUAUCGGAGGCAAGAAUGUAUUUGGAUUCUCUGGUAAUGAAUGACUGUGCCCAUGAUAUUGUUCUCUAUAAUAUUAUGAUUGAUGGGUAUGUGAAGCAUGGCAAUCUUGAGGAGGCUGUAGUGUUAUAUAGGCUAAUUACUGAAAAAGGGAUUACUCCUACUACAGUGACUUUUAAUUCUCUCAUUUAUGGGUUCUGCAAAAGAAGAAACUUUACUGAGGCAAGAAGAUUGAUGGAGACUAUAAGGCUGCUUGGCUUGGAACCAACUGCUGUGACAUACACCACUCUUAUGAAUGCAUACUGCAAAGAUGGAAAUCUGCGCUGCAUGCUGGAGUUGCUUCAAGAAAUGCAUGCAAACGGUAUCAGGCCAACUCAUGUUACUUACACUGUAAUUAUCAAAGGGCUAUGCAAACAGCGGAAGUUACAAGAAGCUGUCCAAUUGCUUGAGGAUAUGCGUAUUAAGGGUCUAAACCCAGAUCAAGUAACAUACAAUACCAUCAUACAAUGCUUCUGCAAAGCUCGAAACAUUAAAACUGCUUUUAAGUUACUCAAUGAAAUGUGGCUAAAUAAUCUUAAGCCUACACCAGUUACAUAUAGCAUUCUUAUAAAUGGUCUCUGUGUAUAUGGUAACCUUAAGGAUGCUAAUAAGUUGCUGAUUUAUCUUCAUGAACAAAAUAUCAAAUUGACCAGAGUUGGUUACACUCAAAUAAUCAAAGCACAUUGUGUGAAGGGUGAUGUGCACUGUGCAUUCAUGUUUUUCCACCUAAUGAUGGAGAUGGGCUUUGAAAUUUCAAUAAAAGAUUAUACUGCAGUUAUCAAUAGAUUGUGCAAAAGGUGUUUGAUGACUGAGGCUCAACAGUUUUUCUCUAUCAUGUUAUUUCAUGGCAUUUCUCCAGAUCAAGAAAUUUGUGAAGCUUUGUUGGAUGCUUACCAGCAAUGUGGUGAUAUCAUAUCUGGUUAUCAAAUGCUUGCAUUGACAGUCAAAGCUGGCUUACUUCCUCGGAGAUAAUGAGAAAUAAUGAUUUUCAUUGAGAUGGAACUGCCUAAUUGGUGAACUGAGGUUUGUCACUUUAAGAUGUUUGAAGAUGUCUGCUUCCUUAUAGGAUCAAAUGAGGAAUGAAAAGAAAUUGGCAUGAUAUCAAGCUUACAUCAGCAAAAUUCAUUUGCCCAAGUGUAAUCAGCUUUUGGAGCUGCCAACUGCGUGAUAGGAGGAGGGUUGAUUGAGGUCAAGAAAAGCCAGCAUGUUGCCUUGGGACAGGGUAUGGGAAGACCAGGAUUUGGGGGGUUGGGUUUGGGCUGGCAACAGUGGAAAUGGUAGUUGGUUGAUAUGCUCAGUGAAGAUAUAUAUUAGGAAGAUGGUUUGGGUGGAAGAAGAUGAAUAUGUGAACUGUCUUGACAAUUGAGCAUUGGAAAAUAGGCGGCAGAGAUUGGAGGCUGGAUACCAGAGACUAAAGAGUAAAGAAACACACAGCUCUAUCAAAGUGGAGGCAUGUCUAUGUGUUAUGACUUGGUGAGUAUGAAAGAAUGAGAAGUAUAAUGGCCUGUUUCUUCUUUUAGCCACUAAGUUAGUUAUUACUACUUGCUAUCAUAUCCAGAUUGGAGAGGAAUGGCGGAUACAUAUAGUAAUCCCGUAAAGUAAAUGCUUUGAUUUCAACCAAAAAUAUCACUAGAUUUUUGCUGCUGCCUGUAAUUGAUUCUUUUGGGUCGAGUGGACCAUUUGGUUUCAUGCAGAUGGAGGACAUCAAUCUGGAAUCUUUAAUUGCAAUUUGUAAGCCAUUGGUUUGCUUAACAAGGAUGAGGCUCAUUUAGACAAAAAUUAAUGAAGUUAUUAUAAGAAA